AUGUCGUCAGCCACCCGCGUGGCGCUGGUGACCGGGGCCAACAAGGGCAUCGGCUUCGCCAUCGCGCGCGACCUGUGCCGGCAGUUCUCCGGGGACGUGGUGCUCACGGCGCGGGACGAGGCGCGGGGCCGCGCGGCCGUGCAGCAGCUCCAGGCCGAGGGCCUGCGUCCCCGCUUCCACCUGCUGGACAUCGACGACCUGCAGAGCAUCGGCGCCCUGCGCGACUUCCUGCGCAAGGAGUACCGGGGCCUGGACGUGCUGGUCAACGACGCGGGCAUCGCCUUCAAGCCUGUUGAUCCCACACCGUUUCAUAUUCAAGGAGAAAUGACCAUGAAAACAAACUUCUCUGGUCCCCGAGAUGCGUGCACAGAACUCUUGCCUCUAAUGAAACCCCAAGGAGCUGUGUCUAACAUAAUGAGCUUUGUAGCCUUAAAAAAGUGCAGCCCAGAACUGCACCAGGAGAUUAUAAGCAAGACUAUCACAGAGGAGGAGCUAGUAGGGCUCAUUUACAAGUAUGUGGAAGACACAAAGAAAGGCGUGCACAGAGAGGGCUGGCCUGAUACCAGUUAUGGAGUGAUAAAAAUCAGUUUCUCAGUCCUGUCCAGCCAGGAAACUGAGCAGAGGAAAGGAGACAAGAUCCUCCUGAAUGCCUGCUGCCUUGGGUGGGUGAGAACAGACAUGGGUGGACCAAAAGGCAUCAAAAGCCCAGAAGGAGCAGAGACCCCCAUCCAGUUGACCCUUUUGCCCUUGGAUGCUGAGAGGCCUCAUGGAGAGUUGUUGUUGUUGUUUUUUUAA